AUGAGUUGGAUAAUCGGUAGAUGCACCCAUGAAACUCAGAGCUUCUUCAACAUCAAACACAGAAGAAAAGUGUCCUUUGGUUGGCACUCUGAUGAUGAGAAGCUCUAUGGAUCGACGCCGGAAAUUGCUUCAGUGUCCUUUGGAUGUGAACGUGAAUUUUUCUUGAAGAAGAAACCCAGUAAGAGAUCUCAUGUGUCAAAAGAACGUGGUGAAGAACCAGCAAGCAAGCGGUCCAAGAAGAGUAGCCAUACUGAUCAGCACUCAUUCACGCUUAAGCAUGGAUCGCUAUUGGUAAUGAGGGGCAACACUCAACGAGAUUGGCUCCACUCAGUGCCUAAGCGUGCAAAAGUAGAGGCAACUCGUAUUAACCUCACCUUCAGGCAUGUCGUUUGA